AUGAGUCCAUCAAACGUUUCUGGUGAUGACAGUCUUACAGCUGUGAGUGCAGAUGGAGGGCGAUCCCAAAAAAGGGAAUUUGGGAAGAGUACAGCGCCUCCUUCACUCGCCAACUAUGAGUACCCCAGCCUGCCAGUAACCAAAAACAGACAGGAGCUGGUUUCCCUCAUAGAAAACAACUCUGUAGUGAUCAUCCGAGGAGCCACAGGCAGUGGCAAGACCACCCAGGUGCCACAGUACAUUCUGGACCACUACAAUGAGAAAAACGCCCCAUGCAACAUCGUGGUCACUCAACCCCGUAAAAUUGGAGCCACUAGUAUUGCCCGAUGGGUUGCUACACAACGAAAAUGCACCCUUGGAAGUCUAGUAGGAUAUCAGGUUGGUCUGGAGAAGAUGGCUACUGAACACACACGGCUAAUCUACAUGACUACAGGAGUACUACUGCAGAAACUGGUUACAGCAAAAUGUCUCACAGAGUACUCACACAUUUUUGUAGAUGAGGUUCAUGAGCGGACUGAAGAAAUGGAUUUUCUCCUGCUGGUUUUGAGAAAACUCCUUCAUUCCAACUCUCGUUAUGUAAAGAUUAUCCUCAUGUCAGCCACCAUUAACUGCAGAGAGUUUGCUAAAUACUUCGGCACUCCAGUUCGUGGAAAGAUGAACCCAGCCUACAUUUUUGAAGUGGAGGGGAGGCCCUAUGCCAUUGACGAGUAUUAUCUGGAUGACCUCCACAACCUGUUACCGCAAAAGGUUGAGUUGCCUCAUCUAGAUGACCCUUACAUCUCAGUAGAAAUGUAUAAUCUCGCCAUCAGUCUCAUUCAGAGCUUUGAUGAAUUAGAAGGCAAAGAUUCCAGCAACGCAGAGAAUGGAGGUGGUGUGACAUCAUCAGAGAGAGGCAGCGUGCUGGUGUUCCUCCCUGGCAUGUAUGAGAUUAGCUACAUGCAGGAGGCCUUAGCCAAACUGGUCCACAAAAGAUUGCAGGUUUAUCCUUUGCACUCCUCUGUGACUCUGGAGGAACAAAAUGGUGUGUUUUUGCUGCCUGUGCCUGGAUACAGGAAGGUCAUCCUUUCCACCAACAUUGCAGAGAGUUCAUUGACUGUUCCAGACGUCAGAUAUGUAAUUGACUUCUGCCUGGCCCGUCACAUGGUUUGUGAUGAAGAUACCAAUUAUCAGUCCCUGCGACUCACCUGGGCAUCCAAAACUAAUUGCAACCAGCGCAGAGGUAGGGCAGGCCGAGUUUCUAAGGGCUACUGUUACCGUCUUGUUACCAAAGAGUUCUGGAGGAAUGAAAUCCCAGACUCCAUGAUCCCUCAGAUGCUGCUCGCCCCCCUGGCCACCAUCAUGUUGAAAGUGAAGCUGCUGGACAUGGGAGAUUGCCGCUCUCUCCUCUCCACAGCCCUCUCACCCCCCAAUCUCAGCGACAUAGCGAGGACAGUGCUCCAACUCAAAGAGAUGGGUGCACUGUCUGGAAAAAGUGAUGGCAGGAGUCGGUUUGACGAUGGUGAGCUGACUUUUCUGGGUAGAGUCCUGGCCCACUUACCUGUGGAUCUGUACCUGGGGAAGAUGAUUGUCCUGGGCCAUGUGUUUGGCUGUCUGGACGAAUGCCUCAUCAUAGCUGCCUCACACUCUUUGAAGACCUUCUUUGCCAUUCCAUCGAUGCAGAAGCUCGCUGGCCACAGGAGCAAGUUGGCUUUUGCCCGCGGUACCCCCAGUGAUUCCAUAGCUCUUGUUAAUGCCUUCAAGGCCUGGUACACAUCCAAAAAGAAAGGACAGCUGAGACGCCCAAAGGAUGAGCUCGACUGGGGAAGAGAGAACUUCAUUCAGAUGAAGAGAAUCAGGGAGGUUGCAGAGCUGUAUGAGGAUCUAAAGAAGCGUGUUGCUCAGUUCAACAUGCUUGUGCCAGAUGACACUCAACCCUCUGACUACACCAGUGUGCACAGACAGAAGUUCAUUCUGCAGGUGGUUAUUGCAGGUGCCUACUACCCCAACUACUUUGUUCAGGGAGAUAUAGACGAAGACUUGGCAUCCAGAGAGUUGAGUGGUUUUAACCACAGAACAACAGUGAUGGUGAGGAACCUCCCUCCUUACAGUUUCCUGUACUACAAACAGCUGCAGUCCAUGUUCCGCUUGUGUGGCCAGGUCAAAACCAUUUCCUUUGACUGCUCCAGAGCAUAUGUGGAGUUCUACAGAACGUCCCAGAACUCGGGGGAGCUGCCUGAGGUGUCCCUUGCUCUCCUUCUGAAUCAGAAGAGUCAUACCCUGGAGCUGUCUGUCUACCCCAUUGAUCAGAUAGAGAUGUGUGCAGGGAACAGAGGAAUAACGAAUAUGAAAUAUUCACGGGUGAGUGUAGACUUCCAGAGCCAGACUGUCUCCCCAGUGGAUGUGGUGAGCUGCAUUAUUGAUCCAGACAAGAUUCCUCCCAACCGGAUGUUUAUAGUCACCAUUACUGAGGUAGUGGAGGUGGGUCAUUUCUGGGGCUUCCAGGCUGAUGAUGCUAGCUUGGAGAAACAACGCCACCUGACAACAGAGAUAAACAAUCGCACACUGGAUCCUGUUGCUGUGUCACUCUACCCAAACCUGCUUUGCCUGGCUCCUUUUUCAGAGGCCAAUGCGCAGUGUCUGUACUACCGGGCCAAGAUCCUGCACGUGCGUGGGAACUCAGUAGAGGUGUUCUUCCUGGACUUUGGCAAUACAGCAGUUGUCACCUGUAGCAGUCUCAGAGAGCUGCCCUCUGACCUCCUGUCUCACCCAUUCCAGGCCCAGGAGUUCCAAGUUAUUGGAAUGCGUCCGUCAGCCCAGUCCAUGAUCCUGGGAAACCAGUGGAGCAGCCUCGCCCGUGACCGCUUCAUCAUACUGGUGAAGGGCCACUCGCUCAUGGUGUCUCUGUACUCUAUCGUUCACAACAUCAUGCGUGUGGAGCUGCUCACCAUCAUAGACAUGGAAAACACCAGUGUGGUAGACAUCUUGGUUCGGGAAGGUCAUGCUGUCAAGGUUGAGGAGAGCUAUGACUCUAAGCAAAGCCACGACAUACUGAUGUCCCUGUACAAGGACAUGGAGACAGGGAAAUGUGUCCCCAAUGUGGUCAGCAGCUUCUGGAGGGAACGAAAGAAAGAGGAAAAGGAGCACAUUGACAACCUGCUUGACCACUUUUCCAAGAGCCGCCAGUCCUUUUCUAAGACAAAGGUUCAACUGCAUGGACCAAGCAGUCCAUAUAAGGCCAACUUCCACAGCAUAAGCCACAAGACCUACUACAAGGCAGUGAUAAUCGACAAAAACAGCAUAAACUCCCUGGCAGUGAUUGAAAACCCUCACUACAAAUUUCAGAGGAUGUUGGUUGCUGGGAAUGUGUCUGUCAGCUCGAAAGGAACACAUCUUCUACUGAGGGACACCACCCUUAUGCCAGACAUCCCCGGUCUGCCUGCACUCACCACCAUGCUCUUCACCCCCGUCAUGGAGCUACGCACCAAUGAAGAGAGGACAUGCUACACAGGGGCUCUCUGUGGCCUGGGGUGGAACAGCCAGACACAAGAGGGCAUCCUUCCUGAGCACGACAUCGAACUCGCCUUUGAUGUCAAGUUUGAUGUGGAAGACAUCACUGAGAUGAAUGCGUUGCGCCAGGCCAUAAACCGCCUCGUGUGUGAAGGCCCCAACGGCACUCUGCAUCUGGGGCUGGACAAGCUCGUUCACCUGCAGGACGACUGUCGAGAGCGCCUCACAAGAUUGUACAGCAAGCAACUGCAAAGGGAAGUCGUCCCUCCAGAGUACUACAAGUUACCAGAGAAAUGGAACCAGGUGGAUCCUUAUCUGAAGAUGGACAUUGUUCAGCCAGGAGAUGGGAAAACCAGAGGGGUUCUAUUCCAGCUACAUCCUAUUAUUCUGCUCAACAGCUAAAAAAAUCCAGUUACCUGUGCGUUUGUGUUGAAAAUACUGUUUGUUUUGCCUGUUAAAUAAUGGUUGAUUAUGUUUGAAGGAUUUUUAAGUUGAUUGCAGCUUACAGCAGCGCAGCAGAAUCGGUGGUAUUUUCUUUUACAUUAGGUGCAUUACUGUAAUAGUUGAUCUGUGUUAAAAUAAGCAGCUGCGAGGAAUGUUCAUGAUCAUUGAUCCAAUCCAUCCAUUGUAGGUUCAUGUUACAGUGCAUCAGUGGGUCAUUAAAAAUAGUCGAAACAGAUGAGGCUUGUCAGUCGUCAUUCAAACAGUCUCAUUGUGACUCGACCCAUGUUAAAUUUGUCACAAAGUCACACACACACACACACACACACACACACUCUCUCCUACAUAGGUUUGCCAGAAGUCACUGGUCUGUAUUUAUAGCUCACCAUUCCAAGUGUCCAGUCCAGUGUUUUCCCUGUAUACUGUAAAUGCUGCAGAGUCACACGGUAUUAUCACCUCAAACUUAGCCACAGUGUCAUUCAGCUCAUCUUCACCAACGUGAACUCAUAAGUAAAGAGGACAUGUUAUACAUCAACGUACAUUUAUUUUCUUAUUCUUGUAAUUAAAUACAUACUGUAAGUGCAAAUAGUUAAAGAGUCCAGGGUCUAAAGAACUACAGAGUAUAGUUGAACAUAGUACAAAGUUGGACAGUUAUUCAAACAAGCUAAAUAUCACCAGAUACUCCUUGUCUUCAUAGUAGUUGUACAACAGUACCUAAAACAUGAGCGUGUGUAUUGUUCCUUAUGGGUAUACAAAAGCAAAAACCCUACAAUUACCACAUCUAAGACGCAUAUUGUUAAAUUAUUUUGUGCUUGGAAACACCAAAAGGAAAUCAUUUUGAUAUUUAUAUAUAUUGACAUAUACUGAGAGAAGCCCCAUCUGCUAACUCAGAAACAUGAAGCAGUAUUUAACAUUGGCAGCAGAGCACGUCUGUGGGCAUUUAGCUUUUUUGGGCCAAACCGUACAGUUUGUGGUAAGCACUGCAAAGCAAAAAAAAUGUAGCGUGAUGUAAAAACUGCACAAAA